AUUCCGAGUCCCGAGACCUCAACCUCUGCAUAACAAAACUCGUAGUAGUGUGAUCUCACACUCAAUCAUCUUCGUUUUUGCUUUCUCCUCCAUUUUCUUAUCCUCAUCACGAAACCCUAGGUUGCUUCUGGUUCGUGGAUCCAUGGCGGGCGUCAAGGUCACCUUGGAGGUCGGAAGCGACGGCGUCGCCGUCAUCACCAUGUUCAAUCCUCCCGUCAACGCCUUGGCCAUAUCCAUUCUCAAGGGGCUGAAGGAGAAGUUCGAUGAGGCCGCGAGGAGAAACGACGUCAAGGCUAUUGUCGUUACUGGAAAUGGAGGAAGGUUUUCUGGAGGUUUUGAUAUCAAUGUUUUCGAGAAGGUUCACGCUACCGGGGAUGUUUCGCUCAUGCCUGAUGUAUCUGUUGACUUGAUGGUCAACACUGUUGAAGAUUCGAAGAAGCCUGUUGUUGCUGCGGUGGAAGGACUUGCGCUCGGAGGUGGCUUGGAGUUGGCAUUGGGAUGCCAUGCACGCAUUGCUGCUCCAAGAACUCAACUAGGCCUGCCAGAGUUGACACUUGGUGUUAUUCCGGGAUUUGGAGGCACACAGCGUCUUCCAAGGCUUGCGGGGCUUCCGAAGGCAGUUGAGAUGAUGCUGUUAUCCAAGUCAAUCAUGUCUGAAGAAGGGGCAAAGCUUGGUCUUAUCGAUGCUAUUGUGGCUUCUCAAGAGUUGCUGAAAGUAUCUCGAUUAUGGGCUUUGGACAUUGCAGCGACGCGAAAACCAUGGUUACGGUCCCUUCACAGGACAGACAAGCUUUGCUCCCUAUCUGAGGCACGCGAGAUAAUUAAAGUUGCUAGACAACAAGCCAGAAAGACGGCUCCCAAUAUGCCUCAGCAUCAAGUAUGCCUCGAUGCAAUUGAAGAGGGCAUUAUUCAUGGAGGAUAUAGUGGAGUUCUGAAGGAAGCUAAGGUUUUUAAGGAGUUAGUUGUAUCAGACACUUCAAAAGGUCUUGUACAUGUAUUUUUUGCGCAACGGGCAACAUCAAAGGUGCCCAAGGUUACUGAUGUUGGGCUUAAACCAAGGCAUAUAAAGAAGGUUGCUAUCAUUGGGGGAGGUCUGAUGGGUUCUGGCAUAGCUACAGCCCUUCUUCUGAGCAAUGUAUCUGUUGUUCUCAAAGAAAUCAACUCUGAAUUUCUUCAGAAGGGUGUACGAACAAUAGAAGGAAAUGUCAAAGUCUUGGUAACUAGAGGGAAGCUGACACGGGAUAAGGCAGACAAAGCUCUCUCAUUGCUUAAAGGUAGUCUGGACUACUCAGACUUCAAAGAUGUGGAUAUGGUCAUAGAGGCCGUCAUUGAGAGCGUUCCUCUCAAACAAAAGAUUUUUGGUGAACUUGAGAAAGUUUGCCCUUCUCGUUGCAUUUUGGCUACAAACACAUCCACUAUUGACCUCAAUGUAGUUGGAGAAAAGACGAGAUCUCAGGAUCGCAUCGUGGGGGCACACUUUUUCAGUCCUGCUCAUGUGAUGCCUCUUCUUGAAAUAGUACGGACAGAGAAGACUUCGGCACAAGUAAUUCUUGACCUUUUGACGGUUGGAAAAGUAAUAAAGAAAGUUCCUGUUGUGGUUGGUAACUGUACGGGAUUUGCAGUCAAUCGGGCAUUCUUUCCCUAUACCCAAGGCGCACAUAUAUUGGUCAAUUCAGGUGUCGAUGUGUUCAGGAUUGACAGGAUCAUCAGCAAUUUUGGCCUUCCUAUGGGUCCAUUCCAACUUCAGGAUUUGGCAGGCUAUGGAGUAGCUCUUGCUGUUGGAAAGGAAUUUGCUAGUGCUUUCCCUGAUCGCACAUUUCAAUCACCAUUGGUCGAACUCUUAGUCAAAAAUGGACGAAAUGGUAAAAACAAUGGAAAAGGAUAUUACACUUAUGAAAAGGGAAGCAAGCCCAAGCCUGAUCUGUCUGUGCUACCAAUUAUUGAGGAGUCUAGACGAAUUACCAAUAUGAUGCCUGGUGGAAAGCCUUUAUCUGUUACAGACCAAGAAAUUCUGGAGAUAAUACUCUUUCCUGUGGUGAAUGAGGCAUGUCGUAUUUUGGAUGAAGGAGUAGUUAUUCGAGCAGCAGACCUUGACAUUGCAUCUGUUCUUGGCAUGAGUUUCCCAAAUUACCGGGGUGGCAUUGUCUUUUGGGCAGAUAUGGUUGGUCCUAAGCAUAUAUACGCUACUCUCAAGAAAUGGUCAGGAGUAUACGGUGGUUUCUUCAAACCAUCAAGGUUUUUGGAAGAAAGAGCAACAAAAGGCUUGCCUCUGAGUGCACCCGCAUCAUCCUCAUCUUCAAGGUCACGCAUGUAAACCGGUACCUUCAACUAUUCAGGAAAAUAAAUUUCAUGCGAUUGCUUCCCUAUAGUAUUGUAAUGUAACUUUGAUAAUUCGCCAGUGGUUGGUUUCCAAAAUAAGCAAUAAGCUUUCACCUUC